AUGGCCAUCUUCUCAAAACCAAUCAGGCUUCCUGAAGCCCAGCGGAGGCCUGUAUACCUGGCACUCUUUGUCUUGCUGCUACUCCGAUCCAGGCUGGUUUCUAUCGGCAAGGAAGGCAUCAAGGUCGUAGCGUCGCGGGCAAAGGGAAAGCAGAAGCAGAAGAAACUGGAUCCUGAGCAGAAUCUCCAGGUUCUGCAGCAGGUUUAUGAGCAGGACCCGAACGAUGACGAGUCCAAGGUCCUGUUGGUCCCAUACCGCGGAAAGGUCGUCAAGGUUCCAAUACGCCCAAUACCCCAGGAGAAGUUCGAAAAGGACAAGAAACACUUCCCAUUACUCCCAGUUCAAACCAAGACCAAACCCAAUAUCGACUUUGCAUUCGUGAGACAACUGACCGCCAUCCUCACUCGCAUCGUUCUGCCGCCUUCCAGUUGGAAAGGAGAAGGUCGAAGUCCGCUAUGGAAGAGCAAAGAGGUUGCACUCAUUGCUCUGCAUUCCGGAUUCCUUGUCCUCCGAACAUACCUCAGUAUCUUGGUCGCCAAAUUAGACGGAAGGAUUGUGAGGGAUCUCGUGAAGGCGGACGGCAAAGGGUUCCUCAAGGGACUUGGGCUUUGGUUCCUGCUCGCCAUCCCUAGCACUUAUACCAACUCGAUGAUUCGCCAUCUCCAAUCCCUGCUCUCGCUGUCCCUGCGAACACGAUUGACGCGCUAUGUGCACGAUCUCUACCUCUCCUCCUAUCCCGAUCUACGGUACUACCGUGUAUCGGGCCACUCGACAGACGACGACUCGAAACCCUCUGCAGGUCUCGACGGCGUCGAGCAGUAUAUCACUGCUGACGUUGAAUCCUGGGCAGUAGCUCUCUCAGGAAUCUACGGCAACCUUCUCAAACCAUCACUGGAUCUUCUCCUCUUCACGUGGCAACUCUCGAGGUCACUGGGCGUCCGGGGCUCCGUACUGCUGUUCGUCAACUACUACGCGACUGUGGCUCUGCUCCGAGCCGUCACCCCCGCCUUUGGCCGUCUCGCCACCAUCGAGGCCAAGCUCGAGGGCGAAUAUCGACGAGGUAUGGGUCGAGUUGGUCGGGAAAGCGAAGAGAUUGCAUUCUACAAUGGAGGCUUCCGAGAGCGUGAUAUCCUCACGAAGGCCUAUCUUCGCCUCAUCAAGCACGUCAACUCCAUUUACAAGAUCCGUGUCGCGUACGAGUGGACAGAGGACUACGUUAUCAAGUACCUCUGGUCCGCUGCUGGCUACGCCCUCAUCGCUGUUCCUCUGUUGUUCACUCGCACCAAACGCUCGCUUGGUAUCCAGACGACGACCAAGGACGAAGCCCGCGAACGGGCAAUCAAGGACGAUGCUAUUGCAGGCCGAACAGAGACCUACAUUUCCAACCGGCGUCUGCUCCUUUCGCUGGCAGAUGCAGGUGGCCGUCUCAUGUACGCCUACAAGGACCUCCUCGAACUCGCCGGUUUGACCACCCGCAUCUAUACCCUCGUCUCUACCCUCCACCAACUCCCACCCCUCCCCCAGUCCGUCCAGAUCAACGCACCCGCAGGCAGCGUCGAGCACGAAUCCAUCUCCCUCAAGAACGUCAAUGUCCGCGUCCCCUCCGCGGACGAAGACUCUGGAGAGAUCGACCUCGUUUCCAACCUCAACCUCACCAUCCAGCCCGGCGAGCAUCUCAUGAUUACCGGAAGCAAUGGCGUGGGCAAGACUGCCGUUGCCCGUGUUUUGGCUGGUCUCUGGCCCGCUUUUGGCACUGACUCCUCUGUCUAUCGACCUUCGCCCUCUGAUGAGGAACUCGAGAACAACAAACCCCGCCAGACCCUCUUCGUCGUCCCUCAGCGCUCGUAUAUGGUCACCGGUUCCCUGCUCGAGAACGUCAUCUACCCCGAUACCUACUCCGACUUCCUCAAAUCCGGCAAGACCGAAGAAGACCUCCAGAAGAUCUUGGAAAGUGUGUUCUUGGGGUACUUGAAGGAGCGUGAGGGCGGGUGGACGACCAGGAAGGAGUGGAGGGACGUGCUGAGCGGCGGUGAGAAGCAGAGGUUGGGUCUGGCUCGCGUGUUCUACAAACGCCCCCGGUUUGCGGUGUUGGAUGAGUGCACGAGUGCGGUGUCGAGUGAUGUUGAGGGAAGGAUGUACGAGGCUGCCAAGUCUCUAGGUAUCACCUUGAUUACCAUCUCUUUGCGACCUUCAUUGAUGAAGUACCACACCCAACUCUUGACCCUGACUGGGGAGGGUACCGGUGAAUGGACCCUGUCGCGGCUCGGAACCGCCGAGGAGAGGCUGAGCGUCGACCGCGAGAUCCACUUGCUCGAAGCCAAGCUCGCCGAAGUCGACCAAUGGGAACGCCGUGUCGCCGAAUUGGAGAAGCUCCUUGGGCCUGAAGGUGCCGAAUCAUCGUCUGAAGACCGGGAGGAUGCUGUUAGUGAGGCGGGCGUUUCGGAGACGGAGAGUGCUGUCGCUGUGACUGCUAGUAUGCUGGAGGAGGAGCAGUGA